UAAGAAGCCCAUCUAUAUAUUUUGGCUUCCUAGAAAAAUUGUUUGCAUGAUAAGUUAAGCUUGGCUCGAUUCACAAUGAAGAAAUAGGAUUAGCAAAUGAGCUUACUAUACAGUUUGUGUCGAUGUGCUACAUACAUGACAUAUUUGUUUAUAUUUUGAUUGUGUGAUAUCAUUUGUGAGAGACUGAUAUGAAGUUGCUACAAUUUGGACCAGACGCAUAUAUACCUUACCGCCUUCACCCAUCGUAAGGUAUUCCACGUUUCUCAAAAAAAAAAAAAAAUUGCCUUACAUCUACAGUAACAAGGCAUAUAUAUAGCUUUCUAUUUGGUAAGGUGUAUCACUUUUAUUUUUAAUUAUUUUCUCUUUUUGUUCCAUUUUACCUUUUUGUUUUCAAGUAACCUUAUUAUUAUUCCACUUGUAUCUUUUUUUUAAGUAUAGUUAUAAUUUCUUUUUCUCUUUAAACUUCAUGUUUAUAAAUUUGUAAGUAAUAAAAAUCAUACCGUUACGAAGAACCCAACGAUAUGUUUGAUUUGAGUCUAAUAUUAGAUAUGUUUAGACUAAAUUAUUUUCAAAAGAAAAAAAAUAAAGUGACGAGAGCAAGUCCACCGGUGACUAAAAAUCCAACCCAGGUUAAAUUUACAUAGACAAAGUGACACAGCCCAAAAUUUUUAGCUUCUACCUAUAAAAUAGGUUAUCUUAUUUUCUAACCAGGUUAGUUUUGUUAGGGAGAUAUCUAACCUAGAGAAGAAGGGUGACUCAGGUGAGAUUAUCCACUUCAGUCAGGCCCACGCUCGUGACUUACGUCAGCGAUGCGGCUCCACCGACCUACGUGUCUGUCUGGACACCUGCAUGUUGUAUCAAAAGAUUCUACGGUUUUUGAGCGCGUGAUAUGCACUCAUCGGUAAAUUUUUCGAGCGCAAUUCAGAGACGGACGUGGGUAAAUCUGAAUUUGGGGAAGAACGUCGAGUUGUGUUGAAGAAGCUUCGAUUGGGCGAUAACCCAGUUGUUUAAUCUGAAUUUGGGGAAGAACGUCGAGUUGUGUUGAAGAAGCUUCGAUUGGGCGAUAACCCAAUUGUUUAAUCUAAAGUGAAUUUGGGGAAGAAGGUCGAGUUGUGUUGAAGAAGCUUCAAUUGGGAUACGGUUGGGUUUUCAGCCACAAAAUCAGAUCCAUACAAGGAGUGAGAGAGAAGAGUCGUUUGAUGUUGAAACCCAGGAACACGACUCCCUAGCUGAAUUGAAGAUGGCGACAACAAUUAUAAUCAUUGUUUUUUUUUUAAUACUGAAUUGAAGUAGAGGAUGAAUAUUGACCCGGAAAUUGAUGACGGUGGUCUCCGGUUCAGCAAGGAGAAAUAUUACCAGCAGACAGAUUCAGACGGAAAAGAGAGUGAUAUUGCGAAUGUCACGGAAGAUUGUGAUGACUACAAAGAGGAGGCAAAAAGCAAUAUUGAAAAGGGGGACAGCGGUAAGUUUGUGGAGGAUAAAAUUGGGAUGGAUUCGAAUAAGUGUGUCAAUGAUUUGGAAGAGGGAGUAAAAGUAGGUGGUUUAAGAGCUGUAUUUGAGACAGAUUGGUUUUUACAUUUGGAGGGGAAGAACAUGAAGACGCUUAAGUUAGAAGACAUUGAAGAUAUAUCUUUUAGAAACCUGGAUGAAGCCGAGCAAUUCUACUCGUAUUAUGGAUUUAUUAUGGGGUUUAGCAUAAGGAAGAAUAAGAUGGAUAAGUUAGUAGUAAAUGGUGUUGAGGUGGUUGUUAGAAGGAGCUGGAACUGUUCUAAAGAGGGGUAUUGCAAACAGUUAAGAAAUAAUAAGCAACCUCCUUUUGAAUAUGAGGAAGGAGGGAAGAUAAAGCGUAACGUUUUCAGUGACAAGUGUAAGGGGAAGAAGAAGGCUGUUUUUCGGGAAUAAAAUACAGCAGAAGCGGAUGCAGAGCGUUGUUAUGGGUGAAGCUAAAUAAGAAGUCCGGACUAUAUCAUGUAUCCAAAUUUGUUACAGACCACAACCAUGAGCUUGCACAAGUCUCCGAGCGGUAUUUACUGCGUUCCAAUAGGCAUGUUCUGAUUCAAGACAUAUAUGAAGUGCAAGCGCUGAGAGAAGCACAAGUUUCCACAAGCGCAGCUUACGACUAUCUACUAAAGCAAUCAGGGGGGGCGGAGUUUGUGGGUUUCUUGCUGAAAGAUUUGUAUAACAGGUUGGAUGCGGAAAAAAAAAUUAAUAAACAGCAUGGUGAUGCUGAAGCUGCCGUGAACUGGAUGCGGUUAAAAGGGCAGGAGGAUCCGUUAUUUUUCGCUAGGUACACCAAAGAUGCUGAGGGGAGGCUGUCCAGUUUGUUUUGGAGGGAUCACACUUCGCUAUUGGAAUACGAAACAUACGGGGAUGUCUUGGGGAUACUUACAGCUUGGAGCAACUCCGUUUGUAUCCCACAUUCGUUUCUACAUUGCAAGACGAUCACGGGGUAAUUAUGUACCCUGCCAAAAUAAGUAACACAAAUUUGUUGUUGGUUAUUCUCACUGAUUGUAUUGUAAUGUUAAUAUUAAUUUGUGUGCAGACCAUCCCGCAUGAGUUCAUCCAAAGAUAUUUACAUACUUCGGACAAGUCUUUCACCAUACAGUCAAUGGAGGGUGAGACGUGCACGAUGAAAUUAUGUGAAUCAGGGUCCACAUCUCGGUUUGUGGAUGGAUAUAUGGCGUUUAAGCAGAAUUAUGAUUUUUGUAACGGGUCGACGAUAGACAUGUAUCUUGUUGGCCCACAAAAAUUAGUGUUUGUAAGGACUUGGUUUGCUGGACACAAUGCUGCACCCUGCGUAUUAAUGUCAACGAUGGGAUCGUCUCACAGAUGCAAGUAGUUUACAUAUUGGUUUUGCAGCAUAGAAUUUGGUCCAAUUUUGUCAAAAUGACCUUGAACAACAUAUUUGGUUUUGCAGCAUAGAAUUUGUUUUGAAUUUGAAUGUUUUUUUCUUUUUUGUAUUGCAGAUCUGGGUACCAGUUCAAUAACCAUCUUUGUGAACAGUGAGCUCUCAUAUAUAGCUCUUUCAAGUUCAGGUAUAUUACACCUCAUUUGUAUGUUCUAAUUUAAAUCUAACACCACCGUUUUUUAAGAUGUUCGAUGUCAAUUGUUAUUAUUCCACUGUCAUUGACAAGGGGAUCUCAGUUUUGCGAUUGUUUGAUUUCUUCAGUAUGUAACGCACUUAUGUUAUUUUUUUCUUCUUUAUUUGCUGAUUUAAAUAAGGGACAUUAAGUCAUUGAAUAUGAUUUUUGUUUCAAGUGCAUGUGUUACAUUUCGUGAUAAGGAAAAUGGAAGUGUGCUUGAAGUUGGAGGAUUUUCUGAAAAAGUUUCUGAUUUCGUAGAUAGUUUCAGACUACGGGGAAUUUAAGUUUUCUUCGAAUAACAAAACUUCAAACUGUGCACCUUUGGUUGGUUACAGAUAGCAUCAUAUUAAUGUUAAGAAAAGUCAGACUCAGUUGAACUGUUGAAAGAUUAAGAAUUUCCGAUUUUACAUGGCUUUUAGUCCAUCUGGGAUUUGAUUGUAUUUCUUUAUGUGCUCAGACAGUGACACAAAGAUUUUGUUUAAUUUUUCACUGGUUUCUAGGUUGAAAGCUUGAAUGAAUACAAGAUUUCAAAAAGGAAUGUAAAACUGAUCUCAUUUGGUGUCUCACAGUAAAAAGGCAGAGAAAAUCUUAAUUAGCUUUUGAUCCAAUUAAAAGUAAAUUUUAGUUAGUACUGUUGGUCUAAAGGAAACAAUUGGAAUUGUUUCUUUCAGAUUGUACACUUGCUACACUGUUAGUACUCUCAGCUCCCUACAAUUGGCAAUGAUAUAUGAAAUUAUUCCUUCAAUCUUUACCUGAUAUCCUCAAUGUUAUAGAUCUCAGUUGUAUUCAGAUAAGUUCAUUUUCAGUUUCAUGUUCAUUACCUUUUGUACUAUGAGUAAAUUCUUAUAUUGUGCUGUAUUUGACAGAUAUGCGAGGUGGAAAAAGAAUUUGUCAGGAUUUUGGACUGCAAAUUGUAACUGAUUGUGCCCUCAACUUUUAUACUACUCCAGACUCUGAUUUCUGAACCUACAAACCAUAACUAUUGAAGCAUUUUAUUAUUUCGGACAUGACACAAUGAAGUGUUGUUUUUGUAAUAGCCCCACUUUCACUGUGAUAUGUAUAUAGUGUAUGAGCAACGUGUAUUGUUGGCGAGU